AUGCGAAGUAAACAUAACAGAGACAUCCUUUCCAAUGUUCUUCCACCGCCCUCCGCUAACCUGUCGCCCCUUUGGAAAAGAGUUAGAUCCCUGCUGCCUCUCCUGAUGGAAACGGUCAAGUGGGGUGUUGGCCGUGGAGAUUUGAAUUUCUGGACCGAUAACUGGAUGGUCAGGGACCCCCUCCAGCGUCUGGUUGACAGCCCGAUUCCCCCAGAGCUGCAAAAUCUUCAAGUAAAAGAUGUCUUUGGCCUCUCAGGGCCUCUUCCCCCCUCCCGGGUGUUCUCUUUCCUUCCUCAGCAGCUUAUUGACGAGAUCUUCAAUGGAGGAUUUACAACGUCUGAUGUUAUCUCUGAUUGUAUUUGGCCGCUCGAAACUUCAGGUACAUUCUCCCUGCGGUCAGCUUGGAAUCUGUCGAGAGCUUCAUCCCCUUUUAUUCAAUGGGCUAGCUGGAUCUGGCAAGCCCCGCUCCCUCCAAAAUUUUCCGUCUUCAUAUGGAGAGUGUUGCAGAAUGCUACCCCGGUCAAUAACCGAGUCCAAGCUAAAGGUGUUGCCCUCGCCUCCAGGUGUUGCUGCUGCUUUGAAGAUGAGAACGCUAGUCCGCAAUCGGAGUUAAUUGCUCACCUUUUUCUGUUCGGUCAUCAUGCAAGAGUCCUAUGGACCACGUUCGGUAGGCUGUGUGGAGUCCCUCCUCUGAUCCACAACACAGUUGAAGGUAAACUGGCCCAUUGGAGAUCUGCAGCGGCGCCAGAAGCUGCGCCCAAAAUAGUCAGAUUCCUGCUCCUUAUCCUCAUUCUUUGGGAGCUCUGGCGCUCUAGGAAUGAGGCGGUUUUUGACAACUCGCCAAUGACCAUCAUGAAGUCUGUGGUCCGUGUCAGAUGGUGGGCUAAGCUGGUAAUUGGCACAGAGAAAAUGGACAGUCUAGAAUGGCCUCGCAGAGUUCCUCCCCUGAAGUCGAUUUUUACUCAGACGCGUGCUGCCUCUGUCCUUGUCAAAUGGAGAUUGUCGUCCCCUGGAUGGGUCAAAUUAAAUGUUGAUGGCUCGGCAUUAUCUAAUCCUAGCCCCUCAGGUGGGGGUGGAAUCUGCGGGAAUGACAUCGGGGCCUUUUUAUUGGGUUUUUCUGCGGCCUAUGGGGUUGACUCUAUCAACUUGGCGAAACUUCGUGCUAUUCAUGAUUGGAUGCUACUCUGUUUGGAAAAAGAUUUGGAUAAGAUUAUAGUAGAGUCUGAUUCCAAUUUGGUGAUUGCUAGCCUCACCACUCAGUCCAAGACUCCAUGGAAGCGGGAACCUUGGAUAUCCAGAAUUAAUUGUUUACGCCGGCUGGGCCACUUUUCCUUCUCUCACACUCUCAGAGAAGAUAAUGGUCCUGCGAACGAUCUGGCCCGUCUUGGGAGUCUGCUCCAACAAUCUUCAAUUCACCACAACUCUAGGACGCUUCCUCUUUAG